CAGGAGAGAGUGAGGAAGAAGAGGAAUCUCGUGUUAUUCGUUAGCCGACGGCUUCUCUCGUGGAAGAAGCGUCCUGUUCUACACCUGUCUGAUGCCACGAACCAUUACCAUGCUGCGGAACCUCCUUCUCGUCCUGCUGGGAGGAUCCGUGGUGCGUCUCUCAGCAGGAACGGUCGCCUACUACGGACAGACGCGAGUCCGCGAGGGCGACAGCUUCCUCAUCAGCUGCGUCACCGGCAACAGCACCGUAGUUAGAUGGAUGAAGGACGGUUGGCCCAUCAAGUCCACGCCCUUGAACAAGUACGUCUUCGAAGAAUCCCACGAACAGACGGCAAAGGUGAACAAGCUGUACGUUGCGCACUCCAAGCGAAGACACGCCGGUGACUACACCUGCGUGAACAACACCCGAACGUACCACCACCUGCAUGUUGAGCCCAGAGAAGUAGAGCGACAGGUUCAACACGUGACCUGUUUUAACCUGGAUGUCAGUAAACCCUUGGAAAUCCCAUGCGAGCAUCCAGGAUUCAAGGACAAUUCUAAUCUAACAUGGUACAAAAACGACGAGUUCUUCCACCCCGAGAACCGUCGCGUUCAUUUUCGAGCGAACAAGCUCAUCAUAAACCCUGCCCAACUAUCCGACGUUGGCGUCUACACUUGUCUCGACGCUGACCACGCCAAUCGCACCUCCGGCAGGGCCAGCUAUCUGUUCCAAUAUACCCAGGUGGUCAGAGUCGUUCUUCCCAUUGUCAUUGAAAGUCUUCCACGAUAUCAUGUCGUCGACGAGGGCUUGGACUUCAACAUAUCCUGCAAUAUCCUGUCCCGGCCUCCUCCCAGGGUGUCCUGGUACGCCGGCGGUGACCUCGUAGACCCUUUAUCAUCGAGCCCGAGGAUCCUGCUGUCUCCUGGUGAACGCAGCAUUCCGGACACACUCCUCACCAUCCGCAACGUCACCAUUCGUGAUAAGAAGAGAUAUAGCUGCCACGCUGCGCACGACGGUUGCGACAGUAACGCGGUGCACGUCUCCACCGUACUGUACGUCCAGCUUCAGAAGAUUCACACCAACGAGGCGCAACCUGGCGGUGGUCUCGUCAUCUACCCUGACGAUCCUUUUCUUCUUAUCUCUUGCAUUCACACGGAUAACGCGACCGUCUUCAUCUGGAAGAAAGACGGCGCCGAUUUCGUAGCCAGUGAUCCUCAAACGUCCAUAUUUGCCAACGGCACUAUAAGAAUAGGGAAUCCCGAUGCUAGAGACGCGGGCAACUACACUUGCGACGUGAACGGAACCGCCGACAGCGCAACGAUCGAGGUACGAUACAAGGUGACCAUUGUGCAAGAGCCCAGUCAGACCACCGCGUCUUCAGCCUGGCUGGAAGGCAGGGACAUCCGGAUAGCCGUCAAAGUCACCGGUGUGCCUGCGCCCACCCUGUCCUGGCAGAAGGACGGCAAGGAACUGAUAACAGACGACAGGCACGUGCUGGAGGACUACAUGAACGUGACCUCCGCCAUUUUGAAAAUUAUAAAAUUGCGCGAAGAAGACCGCGGAAAUUAUACGUGCGUGGCCAGCAAUGGAAGAGAUGAAGACACACUGAGCGUCUACGUAAGAGUCAAAGGAAAAUACGCCGCUUUGAUUCCGUUCCUGGGCAUCUGCAUUGAGGUAAUAACUCUCUGUAUUAUCAUCUACAUCGCGGAGAAUAGAGCAGCGAGGCAAGGAAAUGAACCAGCGGAGCCGUCGGAACAUUCGAGAAGGGACGGAGAUUCGAGCGAAGAGAACCCACCCCCGGUAGAGCCUCCAAUAUUCUCUCCUCGAGCUGAGCUGGACGUUGGUACCAGCACAGCACCGACGUCCGCGUCCGGCGGAAUUCCAGAAGUGGAGGUCCAGCGGCCGUCGGCCAUAGUGACACCCGGGGAGGAUAAUAAAAAGGAAGUGUAAAAGUAUAA